UUAUUCUCAAAAGUUUCCAGGUUUCUAUACGACGGAAGUAGAUGAGUUCAAAUUUACCUUCACUUUACCUGUUUAGUUGGGGAAUGAAUGUACAUAAUUACAUUUGUGUUACGUGUCGUCAAAAACAAAACACACACACACCAAAAAAAAUGCAAGCCAGCCAGUUUGACAGAUCGGCUUAGCUGGCCAAUGGUGAUGCUCAGGAGAUUAUUCAGACGACAUCUAAAAAAAGAACCUCGCUCCGUGUUGCAAACACACAGGGAGCAACGGAUACCAGCGGCGCGCAGCUCAGCAGCCGGCCCGUCGCAUGCCAUGACUGCCUUUCACCGCGCGCUUUUGCUCUUUGCAGUGGCUGCGGCCUCUCCGGCCGCGCUCUCGCCCCAGCGCUCCAAAAGAGGUCUCCUGGAGCUGGCGGGGAUCAUCAGAUGCAGCACGGGGAGGUCGGCCUUGGCUUACGUUUCGUACGGGUGCUACUGCGGACUCGGGGGCCACGGCUGGCCCCGGGACCGGGCCGACUGGUGCUGCCACAAACAUGACUGCUGCUACGACGGCGCCGAGCGCCAAGGCUGCCAAACCAAAACAGAUCGCUACGAUUGGACGUGCGACGGCAGGACAGCAGACUGCGACGAUUUGACGGACACGUGCGAGAAGCUGCUGUGUAAGUGCGACCGAGACGCCGCCAAGUGCCUGAGAAAUUCGCCCUACAAUAGCAAAUUCACCCUGUGGCCCAACUGGUGGUGCGGCUACCACCAUCCUAUGUGUACCAUUUACUGACUCAAGAAAACGCAGGAAAAAAUUACGACGGAGCUGGAACAUGCCGUUUAUAAUCAAUGCACACGUUGGCGCAGAGGUAUUUUUGUUUGCUUAAUUACUGUGUAACACACUGAAUGCCUUGUGAGUGAAGCUGGUUCUGUGGAAAACACAGUGAGCUAUUUGGGAUCGUUUUUGAUUUGCAUAUUUUUAUUCCAUUUCAAAGUCUUUAAUGAAUCACAUCACUGGGUGGAGUUUUCCACUUUGUCACCGAAUAGGGUGAAUGGAGUGACCGCAUAAAGCCUUAAACUUUAUUUGUAGGAAAUGGAAAAUGGGCUUUUUUUUUAAACUCAUUCACUGCCAUUGUGUUCAUGACGUCAUUGGCUUGUCUUAUACAUAUUUUUUCCUUGUAGAAUUUCAAAACAACUGCAGUGAUUGGCAGGAAAUCACGCCAAAGUGCUGUAGUUAUAGAUAGCCGACGAUAGGGCACUAUUCAACUCAUAACAGCGUGAAAUAUUUGUAUAAAAAUACUCUUGAAAGAAUAUAAAACAAAUAAAAAAUGUAAAAGUCAGCAGUUACUGUGUGUGCCUUCUUGUGCUGCGUGAUGAUGUCAUUUCUUAUGAUUUAUGC